CGGCAUCGCGAUAUUCAUUCAACGUGCAGCAGUGAUAGUAGUUAGGUGGCAGUGUUUCCUCAACGAAAGCCGAACACGACCCGGCGUUUGAAAUUGACAGUGUAAAUAUAGCGCGGUGACAAUUGGAUUUCUUUGUUUUUCAACUAUAACCGCUAUUAGGAGAACUUCACAUAAAUGCACAUCGGUGCAAGUUUCCAUAAAGCUGUGCGAAUAAAAAAUAUGGUUUUAUAUUGCAGCACACCUGCAACAAUUAACCAACAAUUACAUACAACUGAAAAGUGACUCAUUAAAAAUACUUUAGUGAUUGUAUCAAAUCCCAUUUAGAAUGAAGAACAUGGCUGUUAAUCUGGUGGGUUUUUUCGUCGUGCUCUUUCCGUUUUGCGUUAACCACGUUUUCGGAAUCGAAGACUAUUGUUCUAAAAACACUUACAAUGGUAGCGAGACGUUCAUGCACUUCACUAAGGAAGCCAGUUUGGAGGAGUUCGCUAUAGUAGGGGAGCUUAAAGGACUGCAUUGUUGCGCUAAAGGAUACCGGAGCAUAGAAUGGAUGAAAGACGGAAAGCCCUACCCCUGGGCAUUACAUGUUUCUGAUCUAAUCUUAUUCCCCGAAAGUGCCAACCAAACCAUCUACACGCAAUCGGUUACAGAAGAGGAUGCUGGCAAUUACACUUGUGUACUUAAAAAUGACACCGUGGUUCAUGUCCACACCAUUCAUCUGAGAGUUUUCGAAAAAGCGCCUGACGACCCAAAGAUAACUUAUAUUUCCAAAGAUACGGAUGUAGCCAUAGGCCAAAAGUUAAGGCUUUUCUGUGAAGCUUUUGCAGGUCAAGUGGACUUGCCGGACGCCCAUAGCGGAGCCGUAUGGCGCAAAAUCAGUUCGAAUGGAACAAUUUACGAUGUACCACCUCACGUUCAACAGUUGAAAAAUAGCAGGGAGGAUGGGCAAACCUUCGGAAUAUAUUUAAUAAUACCAGAAAUUAGGAGAGACGACUUUGGAGACUAUGUUUGUGUAAUAAGCAGUCCCGGAAAUCCGCCAAUAGAACGACGGGUCUCUGUACAAGAAACAGUUAACAAAGAGGUGUACAUUAAUCCCAAUCCUGUACCAGUCGGAAGAAUGAUCCUUAUUAUGUCUGCAAUAUUAUUUGCUGGCCUAGCAUUAAUAAUAUUGUAUCUUCGGUAUGGACUGAAAGCUCAAGUACAUAUAAAGGAUUAUUUUACUCCUGUGGAAGAAAACGAUGGAAAAUCUAAUGAUGUUCUUAUUGUUUACUCUCCAAAAGACUCAGAUAUAGCUCUGGGUGUUUUGAUGGAAACUUUGGAAAAACGGUAUAAUUACAAAUGCACCUCACGAGAACUACCUCCCAAUUCAAAUAUGUGGUAUUCUGAUUUGCGAGAGGAAAUUCAGAAGUGCCGCAGAAUUAUCGUUGUCCUUUCCCCAGCCGCCUUAAAUGGAAAUUGGGAUACCAAUAACGUGCAACAAGCUCUAAAACAACUUCAGUCACUGGAUGCGAAAUUAGUGUGUGUUUCAUUAAAAACUCUCCCGAAAAAUCAGAAUGAAAUAAAAGAUUCCCAAGGCGAGACAUUAGCCUCUCUAACUCACUCUAUAGGAGUUAUAAUGUGGGAACGCAAACAAGAUGAUAAGUUUUGGUAUUCUCUACGUUUAAGACUGCCUGCUAAAAGGAGAACUGAGUGUGAAGAAACUAAAAAAUUAACACAGGGUGAGAAUAAUUUAAGACUGAAUAGUGACUCUCAAGAGAGUCUGGAUAAUUUGGUGUAAACUAUGUAUGUAAAUAUUUAUUAUUAAUUUAAUGUUUUUUUUAUAAACUGUUGUAUUAAAAAUAUUUUUCUAAAUAGUUUGUUUUUGCAACUUAAGUCCACGUUAUGUUAUUUGUAUGUAUCAGUAAUAAAUGUUACUCAGAAUGAGCUUAGGUUGUACAAAGGGUUAAUAAUAUGUUUAUUCUAUUAUUUAAAGAGAACAUGUUAGGCUCUUACAUUGUUUUUUCCAUGUAAGACAUGCUUCAAGAUUAUUGUGAUUUUUCCAAGUAUUUUAUGUUACAAUUCUUAGUACUAUAUAUUGUAUAAAAUAAAUUUCAUCUGAAAGAAUAUAAUAUCUUGAUGUA